AUGACAAACACCAACAAAGACAAACACCAACAAAGACAAACACCGACAAUGACAAACACCAACAAAGACAAACACCAACAAAGACAAACACCAACAAAGACAAACACCAACAAAGACAAACACCAACAAAGACAAACACCAACAAGGACAAACACCAACAAAGACAAACACCAACAAAGACAGACACCAACAAAGACAAACACCAACAAAGACAAACACCAACAAAGACAAACACCAACAAAGACAGACACCAACAAGGACAGACACCAACAAGGACAAACACCAACAAGGACAAACACCAACAAGGACAAACACCAACAAAGACAAACACCAACAAAGACAAACACCAACAAAGACAGACACCAACAAAGACAGACACCAACAAAGACAAACACCAACAAAGACAAACACCAACAAAGACAAACACCAACAAAGACAGACACCAACAAGGACAGACACCAACAAGGACAAACACCAACAAGGACAAACACCAACAAGGACAAACACCAACAAAGACAAACACCAACAAGGACAAACACCAACAAAGACAAACACCAACAAAGACAAACACCAACAAAGACAAACACCAACAAGGACAAACACCAACAAAGACAAACACCAACAAAGACAGACACCAACAAAGACAGACACCAACAAAGACAGACACCAACAAAGACAAACACCAACAAAGACAAACACCAACAAAGACAAACACCAACAAGGACAAACACCAACAAAGACAAACACCAACAAAGACAAACACCAACAAAGACAGACACCAACAAAGACAGACACCAACAAAGACAAACACCAACAAAGACAAACACCAACAAAGACAGACACCAACAAAGACAGACACCAACAAAGACAAACACCAACAAAGACAAACACCAACAAAGACAGACACCAACAAGGACAGACACCAACAAGGACAAACACCAACAAAGACAAACACCAACAAAGACAGACACCAACAAGGACAAACACCAACAAGGACAAACACCAACAAGGACAAACACUAACAAAGACAAACACCAACAAAGACAAACACCAACAAAGACAGACACCAACAAGGACAAACACCAACAAGGACAAACACUAACAAAGACAAACACCAACAAAGACAAACACCAACAAAGACAGACACCAACAAAGACAAACACCAACAAAGACAAACACCAACAAAGACAGACACCAACAAACACCUCCCCAACAAAGACAGACACCUCACAGUUCCUCACAAGUGUGUGCUAG